GAUCAUGAGUACAAACUAAAAUUCGUCGAGAAGAGGAAUAUUUCAGAUGUAAAUAAAAACGUGCAUUGACCUUUUCCUGACAAAGAACAACAUAUUACGAUGUUUGGACUGAUUAUAUCAGGCCGGUUGGUUCAAACGGACCCGCAGCAGUUGGCCGAGACGCAGUUUGUGUUCAGUAUCCCAGAUGUGGACAACGUCAAUCACGUGGUAGUCUUCCUCACGGGACAAAUGGCGUUUCCAGAGCAACUAGGAGCUGCAGUGUAUUUCUCCUUCCCCAACCCUCAAGGACAAUCAUGGCAGUUAUUGGGAUGUAUCUCUAACUCCAAGCCUAGUGCCAUUUUCAAAAUUACAAAGUUAAAACAAGAGGAUGGGAGUGUUGUUGCUCACCCGUUUGGUCAGGGUGGUGGUCCGCAGGCACAUAUGGCCCAGAUAGGGAUAUCAGUGGAACCCCUCUCACAACUCAGUCAGCUAACUCCAGUCGCCCAAGCCAAACCAUCCAGUGUGGAACCGUUUGUAGAAUUUUCACAGAAAAUGUUGGAGAAUUUCUUCAACUAUGCCAGUUCUUUUGGACUCAUGCAAGCACAAAUGACACCAAACCCUUCAGAAACCUAUGUGCCACUUAGUACACUGCAAUCAUGGUUUCAAACAUUUCAGAGACGUUUACAACAAAACCCAUAUUUUUGGAGGUCAUGAAUGCUAUAUUUACAUACUAUUUUUUAUUUCUAUUUUCUUUGUGGUUAAAAUAUUGCAAUAAAUCAGCUUAAGUCAAACUCAGAUGUAUCAAAUACCCUUCCUAAUUUGGGAAUUACUUUUGUUACAAAUGAAUUAUCCUUGACCUACUUUCAAGUUAACAGGGGUUAGUUAUUAUUUUCAGAUGACUUUUUCUAAAGAUUGAUUACAUCUGUAGUUCUGAUAUUUUGCCUGUAUUAUUGUGUUCUGAGGAUUGACAUUAACUGAGGUUUAGGUCCAUAGGAGUCAUUUGUCUGGUUAAACUCUUUCACUAAAUUCUUCUGAAUUUCAAAUAUUCCUUAGGUUAUAAUAUUUUGCCUAUAGCCUGCUUGAGUGAAGGUUUAUCAAGUUUGUUCAAAUUAAAUAUUUUUACCAACUUUCAGAGUCAAAAGGGUAAAAUGAUUGAAAAUCUUCAAAUGACUUCUUCUAAAGAUUCAAAUGAUAAAGAUAAAUGAUGUUUGGCUUUUGGCUUGCUGGGUUGAAGGACUAUCAUUUUCUUAUAGAGAUCCACAAAGUGAAGUGUAAUAUCUAACCUAUAGUGUUAGCUUGCUUGCUAUCAAGUUUGUUUUAAAACAAAUCAGACCUUUCUGUCUUCGAAGGUCACAGAUGUGAUAUAUGUUUUCCAAUAGCUAUUUGCCAACACGUGAGGUUUGGUUUGUUAGUGCAUUAUUUCCUACAUCAGGCUACAUGUAUUAACAGCUAUGGUCAUCUAAGGACGAACCAGGUUUUUCACAAAAAAAAACCCCACCAACCUGCAGCCAGUAUUUGGCGACUGCCCCACCUCAAAUCCAGGACCCAGCGGUGGCGGGCUAGUGACCGGAGUGCCAACUAGUGAGCGAUACAAGCCAAGUUGGCCACAGUUCUCUUGUUAUCUGAACUGAAGGUCAGAAUGAGCUACAGCCAUUGUGCUUUGUCCAUCUGGCAUGCACUGUUCAUGAAUUUUUCACAUUUUAAAAUUCAGAAAUUCCACUAGAUAUGAGAUAUAUUUGAUACUUGCCAUGAAUGAUCAUGAGAUGAUGCACAGAUCAAGUGUUAUGUUUUUUUCAAGUUGGUCCAAAAUUCUAGAUGAACAACAUGGCAGACUUUCUUAAACACACAUUUUGAUGUUUUCUAGUUCUGCUCAAGUGAUUUAGAUGAAAACUUACAGGAAUGACCAAAACUGAUAGCCCACAAAGUGUUGCGUUAUUUUUCUGGUUGAUUAAAAUGUCCAUCAUGGUAGCUAUGGGAUAAUCCUAAAAUAUGUUUUUGUGCAAUCAUUAGUUAAAAUUGUUUUAUCAUUUUUUUUUAUAUUUUAAACUUCUAUAACAAGGCUUUACAUGAAACUAAUCGGCAGUUAGUUUCGGUUCAGUACACAAUGCACCUGUAUGACACGUAAACUGUAGACAGAUUCAUGCAGCACAACCAGUCAAGUGUUCAUUUGUGACGUCUCGAUGACAAGUAAAGUACGUGAUUUGUCACCUUCAUCAGACAAAUGAUCAGUGAAGCAAUAUGAAAUUGACGUUGAUUCAGCUAUGCCAUAAGUGUGUGUACACUUAGCUGUUAUACAUGUGUGAAAUGACAUAUCAAACAGACUAAUUGAUUUCGCUAUUUGUUUAAUACCUGUUCAUAAAUGUGUCUAUGACAAUUAAUUGGUUGUCUUCGUGAACUUUUCUACAGUUCAUACUUACCAACCUGAAGAAAAUGUUAAGAAACAUGAUGGGUGCAAUUGUUUAGAUAAUCCCUGUAAUAGACUAUAAAUAGAUAUCUGGAUCAGACACUCACUGGCUAGAACCUCUGUGAUGCGCUCUGGCCUGUCAUCACCAUGGCACAUGUAUAACUAUCUUUGGCUGUCUAUAUUGACUGCUAUCACAUUCAAAUUGUGUAUCAAGAUUGGUAUUCAGGGGGACACAAAUACUAUUUUUGAUGAAGCAAAAUGUAUCAUUGGAUACUUUUUUGAUGGUGUAUUCAAAUAGCACAGGACAGCAAAAUGAUUUUGUGGCCAUGUUGGCAAAACAGGUUUUAGAUUUGUUUUUGCAAUUUAUUUGUGAGGAUUUAAUGGGAAGACCUACUUUCAGAGAUCUCUACAGAGUUAUCAAGGGUU